CUUUUCCGAUCUCCGAGCUCUUUUUGUUCGUCCCGAGUUUCGACGAUCCAGAAAAAAGAAACAUCCUACCGCGACAAGCUCCCCGAUUACCUCUCUCGACUUCCACCCCGUCCACAAUGGCUAAGCCGACACAUUUGAUCCCGCGGAUGUCCGCGAAGGGCCCCUUCUCGGUCGAGGUACCCGGCCAGCAGCCCGUCGAGGGCGAGACCCUCGUUCGUAGACACCCUCUUGCCGUAGACGGCCUCAUCAAAACCCCUAAUGCCGAGAUCACGACCGUCCACGAACUAGUCCGCGCGAGUGUCGCCAAGUUUGGUAAUGCCAAGUGCAUGGGCUCGCGCAAGUUGGUGCGCACGCACCAGGACAAGAAAAUGAUCAAGAAAGUCGUCAACGGCGAGGAGCGCGAGGUCGAGAAAUCGUGGACCUUCUUCGAGAUGAGCCCCUACGAGUACAUCAGCUACACCGACUACGAGCGCCUCACCCACCAGCUCGGCGCCGGUCUGCGCAAGUUGGGCCUCGUCAAGGACGACCGCGUGCACGUCUACGCCGCCACCAGCCAGAACUGGCUGGCCAUGGCUCACGGCGCCGCCUCGCAGAGCAUGCCCAUCGUGACGGCUUACGACACGCUGGGCGAGGAGGGUCUGCGCUACUCUAUGGUGGCGACCAAGGCUAAGGCCAUCUUUUUGGAUCCCCAUCUUCUGCCUACCCUCACAAACGUCCUGGCCGUCGCUACCGCCGUUCAGACCGUCGUCUGGAACGACCAGCACCAGCUCAACCAAGAACACGCCGACAAGCUCAAGGCCUCGUACCCGCACAUCAACAUCCUCAGCUUCGACGAGCUCCGGAAAAUGGGCGAGGAGAACCCCGUCGAUGUGGUUGCGCCAACGCCCGACGACCUCUGCUGCAUCAUGUACACGUCUGGCUCCACCGGCACCCCCAAGGGUGUCCCGGUGAAGCAUUCCGCAGUUAUUGCGGCUGUUGCGGGCGCUAGCGUGGUCGUUGAGCAGUUUAUUGGACCUGGCGACGGCCUCCUGACAUACCUGCCGCUGGCGCAUAUUCUCGAGUUCGUCUUUGAGCACGCUGCCAUUUACUGGGGCGCCACACUGGGUUAUGGUAACCCCAAGACUCUCUCGGACGCAUCGGUGCGCAACUGCAACGGCGACAUUCGGGAGUUCAAGCCUACUAUUCUCAUCGGCGUGCCCGCCGUCUGGGAGACGGUCAAGAAGGGCAUCAUCGCCAAGGUUAACGCCGGCAGCGCCGUCGUGCGGGGUCUCUUUUGGGGAGCGCUGGCUCUCAAAGAGACGUUGAUGGCCUCAGGGCUGCCCGGCAGCGGUGUUCUGGAUGCUGUCGUCUUCAAGAAGAUCAAGGAGGCCACGGGCGGGCGUAUGAAGCUGUGCCUGAGCGCUGGCGGCCCCGUGUCCAAGGAGACCCAGAAGUUCCUCAGCAUGUCCAUCUGCCCCAUGAUUAUCGGCUACGGCCUGACCGAGACGACGGCCAUGGGCACCCUGCAAAACCCGCUCGAGUGGACCUCGCAGUCGAUCGGUGCCAUGACGGCCUCGAUCGAGGCCAAGCUGGUCGACUUUGCCGACGCUGGCUACUUCGCUACCAACAAGCCGAACCCGCAGGGCGAGAUCUGGCUCCGCGGCCCCACAGUACUGUCGGGCUACUACGAGAACGACAAGGAGACGGCCGAGGCCCUUACCGAAGACGGCUGGUUCAAGACGGGCGACAUUGGCGAGUGGGACAGGAACGGCCACCUCAAGAUCAUCGACCGCAAGAAGAACCUCGUCAAGACGCUCAACGGCGAGUACAUCGCCCUCGAGAAGCUCGAAGCCACCUACCGGUCGGCUCCCGUCGUCGCCAACAUCUGCGUUUACGCCGACAUCUCGCAGGCCAAGCCCAUCGCCAUCAUCAUUCCGGCCGAGCCUGCGCUCAAGAAACUGGCCGCCUCGAUCGGUGUCGAGGGUGAGGGCCUCGAGGUGCUGGUCCACAACAAGAAGGUGCAGAGCGCUGUGCUGAGGGAGCUUCAAACCGCCGGCCGUGCUGGCGGUCUCUCCGGCAUUGAGAUCGUCGAGGGCGUCGUCGUGGUUGACGACGAGUGGACACCGCAGAACUCCCUUGUCACGGCUGCCCAGAAGCUCAACCGCAGGGGUAUCCUCGACAAGUACAGGAAGGAGGUAACGGAGGCGUAUGGUUCCUCGAGCUAGGCGUUCGUGGAGAAGUACGGCAGUUAUGGCAACGGAGAUGGUAAGAUUGGACAGCGUGUUUUGUGACUACUACUUGUGAUAUACACUUCCUUUGGUCUGGUUCUUGGUUGUCCGUUUUUGUCAUGUUUUGAUAUGACGUAACGCGCUGCCCGAUGGUGCUUGGCUGGGUCUGGCUUGGUCUGGUUUUAGCUACCGUAAUGUUUUGUUCCUUCAGC